AUGGGACCAUUUCCAUCAUCUUUUGGCAACAAAUACAUCCUUGUGGCUGUUGAUUAUGUCUCCAAAUGGGUGGAAGCCAUUGCAAGCCCCACCAAUGACGCUAGAGUUGUAACCAAGAUGUUCAAGAGCAUCAUCUUUCCAAGGGAGAUCAAAUCUAUUCUGGAGAAGAUUGUGGGGAUUACAAGGAAGGAUUGGUCCAAUAAGCUUGACGAUGCACUUUGGGCUUAUAGGACAGCGUACAAGACACCACUGGGCACCACACCUUUCAACCUAGUGUAUGGGAAAGCUUGCCAUUUGCCAGUGGAACUUGAGUACAAGGCACUAUGGGCAAUAAAGUUGCUGAACUUUGACAUCAAGAGUGCCAAGGAGAAAAGGCUUUUUCAGCUACAUGAGCUUGAUGAGAUAAGAAUGGAUGCUUUUGAGAACUCAAGAAUCUACAAGGAGAAGACUAAAGCUUUCCAUGACAAGAAUAUCCUGAAGAGAGAGUUCAAAGAAGGAGAUCAAGUUCUUCUCUACAACUCUAGGCUGAAGUUGUUUCCAGGAAAGCUUAAGUCAAGAUGGUCCGGUCCUUUCAAAGUCAAGGAGGUUAGGCCAUAUGGAGCAAUAGUUUUGUGGAGCACUGAUGGAAGAGACUUCACAGUCAAUGGACAAAGGGUUAAGCUCUACAUGGCUACUGCACCAGAGGAAGAUGGGGUUUCAACUCCACUGUCUGAUCCUACCCCGACCUAA